AUGAGGCAGGAGGAGGUGGAGGUGGUGGGUGGAGGUUGGUGAUUGGUGGAUUAGGUCAGAUAGAGAGGAUUAGAGUCUGUUUUGGUCUGGUAGUAAAAUCACAUCCAUGUCAGUCACCGCUGGACGCCACUGACACGCUAAACCCUGCUGAUUCACUGAACCGACUCAGGGUCUGAAACUGGACCAGAGGAAGAGGAGGACGGAGAGGACGGAGAAGAGGAGGACGGAGAAGAGGAGGACGGAGAAGAGGAGGACAGAGAAGAGGAGGCGGUGAGUUAGUCUGACAUGUUCAGUUCUGUGUUUGUGUUCCUGUUUGACGGACUGGCCUCCUCCUUCCUGACAGGGUGACAGGUUAAUGGCGUUAGAGUUGACCGUGUUAACACGUUGACGUUUGAGCGUUACGUGUUAACACAGGUAAGAUGAUGUAAUGUGGUUAGUGGUCAUGAAUAAACUAAAGAAUAAUUUAAUGGUUCACAAGAAGUCAGAGGACCAACAGAGACUGAAUCAGAGUUUUAUAUUAUUAAUGAUUUUAGCUCCAUAUUUAAGAAGAACUCAGUGAGAGUCGAGCAGGACAGAACUUUAUAAACUUUCUUCAUGAAGAGACCACCGGAUACCAAUACACAGGACCUCAGGCCAGUCCAUUACAGACUACAGCGGGUUGCCGCAGCUCAAGGAAGAACAUUUAUGAUCAUUUCUUCAUGGAAAUACAAUCAGACCGAGACGCUAAGACAGAAGAACUACCGCGUCUGUAAAAUGAUUAAUAUGAUGAUUAUUACUUCAAGGAAAUGAAAAAGAAAUGAUCAUAAAUGUUCUUCCUUGAGCUGCGGCACCCCACUGUGUUUGUCUGGCUUUUAUUGUGAAAAUUUUCUGUCUUUCUUUCAACACUUUAUCAAACUAUGCUUUUAUUUUGAAGUCCUGGUUGAUCCUUAGUGACAGAGCUGAAUGAAACCAGUUAAAGAAGUUAAAAAUAUAAAUUAGUUACCCACAGAGGACGAGCUCUGACUACAGCGAGCUCACCAGCAGCUCCUCCUCCUUCUUCUUCUUCUUCUUCUCGUGUUCUCGUCUUUAAUUCAGGUUUUACAAAGAUGGCCGCCCUGUUUCCUUCCAGUCUGAGCCAAUGACAUCGUUUGUAGGGUGACCAUAUUCUGAAUCCCCAAAAAGAAGACACGACUAUGCAGAGGUGUUGUCACGGGGUCGCAUGUAGUAAAUUUUGAGAGUUUUUCAGGUGGGGUCGAGUGUUUUUUAACUCAGUAAGUCCACGCAACACAAACUCUAAACUUCCGUAAGAAACCGCGUUUGACGUCUGAAGGAUUUUAUAAACUCCUCUGGACUAAAGGACGGACGGCCUCCGAAAAAGAGGACAGAAAUCAAAGAAAUCAUCAGAAAUCAAAAACAGAAUUAAAAAAUAAGUUGAUUAAUAAUCAGAGCUGAUCAAACCGAAUCAUUGUCCACCCUCACCUCUAAUUUAACAGAAACUCUUCUUCUCAGAUGACUCGACGUCAGAUACUGUCCACAGAAACUUUGUCUGUUUUAGGAAAACCUCAAAACUCCCACAGUGGAGUAAAACUUUAGGUUUAAGGUUUUUAUUGAUAAACUGUUUCCUCAGCUUCACAUGAAGGAAGUAGAAAACCAGUUUAAACAAACCGUUUAUGAACUCAUGCAUGAAAACAUUUGGUCGGCCUUCUUCAGACAGACGGUCAUUUCAGGACCAUUGAUUGAAUUGAUCGUUUUACACCCUGAAAAUGUCCUGAUUGGUUUGACCUUUGACCUCACCUGUGCUGCUCUAACAGUUCACCUGGACAAACCUCAGAACUGAAGUUUGACGGCAAACUCCUGCAGCAUCUCCAAGUGUCUGUGAGGCGUGGUAAUGUGUGGGUCUAAUUUUAAUGACUCUCAGGUGUGUGUGUGUGUGUGUGUGUGUGUGUGUGUGUGUGUGUGUGUGUGUGUGUGUGUGUGUGUGUGUGUGUGUGUGUAAGUGAAAGCUCCUCUUGGAAAGUGAGAUCAGAGACAGGAGCUGAGGACAGAUAAGGAGCUAAAGACGUAACCUGAAAUCAGCCCACAUUCACUAACCUGCUGCUGCUGCUGCCAUGAGAGGAGGAAGAACCAAAAUAUCCUGAGCUCUUUAACUCUCUGCUGACACAGAACUACAGACUCAUGAACACAGACUGACAGACAGACACCCCACUGAGCAUGUUUUGGUCUAAUAGACGUCUAAACGUAGCCUCGACGACUGGUCUAAAAUCAGGCAACCACAGGUCUGAAAAUGAGAGUUUCUUAGACGUCUAAAUUUAGACCAAGUCUAAAUCUGGGCUAUGUCUAAACUACGCUGUAUACUGCUCAACAGCUAUCAUUACUAUUUUGGUUGAAUACUUGGAGAUCAGUUUCCACCUUCAUCCUGAUCGUCUCCUAAAAGGUCGUAUCCUCCGAUCGUAGCUGAUCGUAACCAUUCAAGUUAACGUGUCAAUUUACACCGACUUCUUUCCGUUCCUCUGCGGAUCGCCGGACUCCUCAGCUGAUCACAAGAGUUCUAUUUUUUCUGGACGCCGGAGCAUGGCGGAUAAAUUCAGCACAGAUUAACCCGUGCUGGAAAGGAAGUCGGGCACAGACACAAAAUAAAACAUCCGGCUAGAAGUCUAGAAGUAGAUUUCCUCCUCUGGAAGGACACAAUCUACUGCUUAUACGUCUAUGUGUCUGUCUUUAGAGAGACAACUCGUUAUCGUGCGAUUAAACGUGAAUCUGCAGGUUCUUGCGAUUUCUUGCGAUUUCUUCUGUCAAUAAUCUAUCAAAUAACAGGUUAAAGUGCAUUGUCUUAAUUUUGCUUAAAAUAUACAGAAUCUAGACGGUUGAAAUCAGGUCUUAAAACAAACUAGAUGUCUAAUCUGUGUUUAUAGUUCAGUGGGAUGAUGAGGCCAUGUAGAGCUGUGACCCACUCAAAUCCAUUUAUACACCGAACAUCCACCCAUGAAUUACACUGUGAGCUCGUAACAGACGUCUGUUUGUUGGUCGAUAAACGAAGAAGAGGUGUCAGACGUGUGUUUAGUUCACUGUAGCAUCUCUCUGAAAAAUGAUCCGACUCUUUUAAACAUUUAUGGAGAAUAAAAAAAUGCUGUUAAAGCUCGAGACUCUUCAGUUUACCGAUCAAUUCAACAUUCAGACUCUUCAGACGUUCGUUUUGAUCCUCAAUCAUUAGAACCUGUUCUACUUCAAAAUAAAAGCACUAUUUUGUUCUACUUCAAAAUAAAAGCACUCUUUUGUUCUACUUCAAAAUAAAAGCACUACUUUGUUCUACUUCAAAAUAAAAGCACUCUUUUGUUCUAUUUCAAAAUAAAAGCACUAUUUUGUUCUACUUCAAAAUAAAAGCACUCUUGUUCUAUUUCAAAAUAAAAGCACUUUUUUGUUCUACUUCAAAAUAAAAGCACCCUUUUACGAGGCAACAUAGAGACAAGUCAGAAUAUUUCACAAUAAAAGCAGGACAGAUGAUUGAUGAGGCGUGUCCUGUCACAUUUCUUCUGAUUAUUUGUUGUGUGUUUUUUUCAGUGGACUGCACCUUUAUUCUUCUGUCCAUCACCAUGAGACAAGCUAUGGAGGACGGUAAGAAGAAGAAGCACUCAUGUGUCCAUCCAGUAUUUCAUGUUUUCAUCGUUCCUCUUACCUAACCUCUGAACUCGGGUCUAACAUCCAGACACGGUCUUAAUUUGAGUUUAAUCUGGAUCCUAAUUCAGACGGUAUUAGAGUCUGUGAACGGGGUCAGGGCUCCUAAUCCGCUCGGUCUGUUUUUACCUUCUGCUCAGGAGGAGAAACUAAAGCAUCUGCGGUGAUUUUAAACAUCAUUGACACCGUAUUUAAUCUGUUUCUGACCCACUGAGGAAACUCCACAUCUCUUAGUCUUAGUCAUGAUCAGUCAUGGUCGGGUAGAGAUGUAGGAAUCAUAGAAAAAACACGAUUUUCUCUGUUUGAGUUUAGCAUCAAUCUGAGAGAGACUGUUCCAGAUCUGCAGAACAUCAGAUCAGUCAGAGAAGGUCGAGAGAAAUCUCUGUACUUAAGGGGGACAAGGACAACUGGACGGCGAAACAUCUCAAGUACGUCCAGUUGUCCUUUUAACAAAGAACUUGAAAUCAUAGAUGCUGCAUCCUCAGUUUUAAGGAGUAGGGAGUCCACCCAACUUGUCCUACCAAUGUACUCAUCUGUCAUCUACAUCAUCUUCUCCCUCUGAGUCCUGACCGGUCUUGUCCUCGUGUGUCCAGGUGUCAGUGAGGUUCUGUCCAGCGUGGUGGAGGACGUCAGUCAGGCCAUGGACAGAAACAUCGGCGGCGCCCACAUCCUCCACGAGCUGCUGAGCGCCCCCUGGCUCCAUGCUGUGCUGAAGGUACGGGGGGAAAAAACCCACCAACAAACAAACAAACAGACACAUGCACCUUUAACAGUGACAUCACUUCCUGUUUCUCCCUCCAGAUAUAUGAGUGCCUGUUGCAGUUCCAGAGGUUGACACCCAGACCCUUUCUGCCUUACGCCUCAGGGCUCUCCCAUGAGGUUAGUCUGUCUAACCCACAAUUUUCACCGCAUCCGAAAUGGCUCUGAUCCGGAACGGCGGCAUUAAUUGAACUAUUUAUUUCAAGUAGCAACUGUGAAUCACAAAACCCCCAAUUUUCACCCAGAACGGUGGCAAUUUUCGCCGUGCGCCAAUUCCUUCCUUUGUGAGGCGAAUUUCGUGGCAGAAACUGCCGUGUAAAUUGACAUGUUAACUUGAAUGGUUACGAUCAGCUACGAUCGGAGGAUACAACCUUUUAGGAGACGAUCAGGAUGAAGGUGGAGAUUAGGGAGUUAGUCUGUUUUAAUAGGAACACUUAAAGAUGACAGAAUUAAACACAUUUCAUCUUUGUCUCUGUGUGUCCAUCAGAUUAUGGCCGCGAUACAGAAGGUCCACCGUCCGUCUGCUGAAGCCAGAGAACUCUACACACUCCUGAGCUCUCCUCACAUCCAGGUCUGUGUGCUCUUUGUGGAUCCUUCAGGACCAGCUGAAGUCUGACCUCAGUCAUAGUUAACGCUCUCACACCUGUCACCUGUCCCUCAGGCCCUCCUAUCAUCCCAUGACAGUGUAGCUCAGUCCGACUACGGCCCAGUUUUACCUCCUCUACCUGAUGAGAUGCCCGAGGAUGAGGAGGCCAUGAGGAUCGUCUGUCUGGUGAAGAACAACCAACCGCUGGUAACGUUUAUCUCUGGUUCUUCUGUUCGCUGAAGUUUCUCUGAGUAAUAAUAAUCGUACCUGAGACUGAGAUUAUUAACGAUUGAUCCUAAAGUUCAUUUUUUCUAUCAGUGACAGAUUUGAUUUUUGGACAGGUGCGUUUGGGUCCAAGUUUAACCCUCCUCAUCGUAAACCAAGUCCAGAGCGUUGUGGCUACUUUACUGCAGAUGAGACGAACACUACUCUUCUUCUCUGGUGUUUUUGUUCCGGGGUUACGGGGGCGUGACGCGCACACACAUUCUCUGAUCAUACUCCGACUACGCUGGUUACAUGGUAGAGAAAAUCAAAUUCCAAUCACAUUAUCUGGUGUCUCUAUCGAAGUUCUCAAACUCGGAUUACAGUCGGACUAAGGUGUUUACAUGACCUUCAGUUGUCCGGUCUUAAUCGGAAUAAGGCGAUAAUUCGGUUUUCUCGAGUGUCAUGGAAACGGACUGACUGUUUGUUUUGCUUAAAUGUAAAGUCAUGAAGAAGACUUCUACAGUGACUCUAACUUCCUGUCAUUUAUCGUAAGGUCAAACAGCUGAUCAUGAAAACAAACCCGUCUACUUCAGGACUGUAAACAGAUCCUCUCUGUCUUUGUCCGCCAAGAACCGAGGAGAGCGCAGAGGAAGUUUAGGUGAAGGGAUGGGAGUGAUCCGUAGUAGCUGGAGCACGCUUCGCCGCUUUACACUGGACCGUCUUGUUCCUGCGAGGAGGGCGUGGUCAGGGGAGGAGUUUAGAGCGACCGAGAGUGAAGUCAGGCCUUUGCCCCUCCACAGAGGAGGACAGUCGGGUCCUUUUCUCCCACGCUACGAGUCCACAGGAAGCUGCUGUCUGUGUCCACAAACCGCAGAGCUCCAGAAGAAAAGGCUCAACCAAUCAGCUCCUUCCGUCUUUGGUCCCGCCCCCUGUAACGGUAAGGAAGGAAUGAAAGACAUGAAGUCGUCUGGUCCAUGAAGUCACCAGUCAUCCGUCUGUCUUACAUCCCAGUUUUCUUCAUCUUGGUGGAAAAACUCAAACCUGUUGGUCCAUCAGCUCAUCAUCCAUCAUCUCAUCGUCUCUCAGCUCUUCACCUCCACACAUCACUCCAUCUUUCCGUCCUUCUCUCGUCUUCCUUCUUCAGUGACGUCUCAAACUGACUCUCUUUCUUUAUCUCCUCCGUAAAGCUCUCGUCUCAGAGAAACCCAAACUCCUCAGAGAAGAGCGUUCCUCAGCUGGGGGAAGCAGCGAUGACUACUCCUACCCUCCUCCUCCGGUCCCGGCCUACAGUCUCAGCCUACCGAACUCCCCGGUCCUCUAUAAGAAGGGGGCUGUGGGGGGGCACUCGAGGAACGUCCCCACUCCGGGCAGACUCUCCUCUUGUCCUGGGACCAACCUUCUCAGAGCUCACACAGCACCUUCAAGCCCUGCAGCUCAUCGCCCCACACGCACCCUCCAGAUCCCAGCUGGACGUCAUGGAGGUCAAAGUAGAUCGUCUAAGAAACGCCAAGAAGAACCGUCCGUAUUGGUUCCCUACGGUGCUGCCUCGGGUCCAGAUGAACGCCAAAACCAACAGAAACCCAAGCGUCUAAAAUCCAAACAUCUCCGUCCUCAGCCUCCUGAUCUCACCGAACAGUGCUGCGCUGAAGAAGUCAGGUCCACCGUUCAAAGCAGUGCUGAACACGGCGCUCAGGACGUUCUCCAUCUUGGUCAGAAGAUGGUGAUGGCGACGGAGAGGAUCACAGACACCACUGAGGAGAACACCCAGGCCCUGAACCUUCUCACCGAGGUGGUGGACAAGCUUCAGGGUCUCAUCGUGGCCACCAAAAACCCUGAGCCGUCCCCAUCACCGAGGUCCAAGAAGUCCACUCCUCCCACUCCACCACUCAGGGUCUCCUCACUGUCUCCAAGAGUGUUUCGAAAACCUCCAACACCUUACCCACGACAUCUCUCCUCCUCCUCUUCUUCCUCCUCCUCCUCCUCCUCCUCCUCUUCCUCCUCUUCAUCCACAUCCAGCAGUUUGGAGGACUUUGGAACAUCCAGAAGUCCCAAACCAACAAACGGAGGCUCCAGGCGAACAGCGCUCACCUUUGGCCCCGCCCACAGAGUGACGGUGAGUAGGAGUAACGGUCAGGUCCGACUCAACAAUGGAGCUGUACCCAGAGGUCCAGUGGAGGUCCGACAAGUCCACAACAGCACAGGGUGCCUGACCACAAAGAAGAAGAAGAAGAAGAAGAAGAAGUAGACUGGACCAUCUCACCGCUCUGUCCUCGUCUGCUCUGAAGACAGGAGAUGAACGUGGACCAAACAUGAACGUUCUCCAAAGUUCUCCAGGAUCAGAUGUGGACCAUCACCAACACUUAGAUCUUCAGGACCGUGGUCCUUCAGUGAACACAAGAACAUCUUCUGAGGGACGUCAGCUGGUUCAUCUCAUCAAGAAGAAAAUAUAAUAUCUACAAGAACAAGAAGGUACAGAGAAGGUCUGUUUCUACACCCACAUCCUCUCUUCAUCCAGCUCCCCCUGACUCAGAGACCAUCAUCAUCUUCAUCUUCAUCUUCAUCCUCCACCAUCUUUGAUUCUUCUCAGCUCCUCGUUUUAGGACAGACUCUCAUCUUUGUUUGUUAAGAAAACUGAUGAAUGAAUUAAAGGUUCACCAGGUCCUGAAGUAGGACAGAGACACGUACGUUAGGGUGUCGUCUGCAUACGGCAUGAUCUGGACAGGGGGCGUGGUCUAUGCGUUACCUUCAGGUUACUUUUGAAGGUUUCAGUCAUCCGUGUCGUUCGUCUCAUCCUUCAUCAGUUAUUCUCCCAGUUUCUGUUUCCUUCUUCUUUUUCAUUCAGACUCAUUUUAAAAGUAUUUCUGACAAAAACUCAGAGAAACAAACUCCUAAACUCAGAGUUCAUGUCCGUCUGCUGCAGGGAGCGACCAUCAGGAGGGACGAGGAGACGGGAGAGAUCUACAUCGCCAGAGUGAUCCACGGAGGGUUAGCAGACCGCAGCGGUGAGAUCAAACUCCGCCCCCUUCACUCUCAAUGUUUGUACGUCGAAUAAAAAGACGGAGUUAAUACAGGUGUGUUUGUGUCGCAGGACUCCUCCAUCCUGGGGACAUGUUAGUGGAGGUCAACGGAAACCCUGUGGUGGGUCUGGAACCGGAGCAGGUCAUUCAGAUCCUGGUGGGUCACAUGAACCAAUAAAAAUCAGUUUCUAUUAGACAUGAGCGACUCAGAGAGAGCAGGUCGCUGUCAGACGACCAGAGCGUUAGACAGGACUGUAAACUUCCUCCACAGGGGGUGCUAGAAUCCACACAGACAGACCUUUGCUCUGACCUCUGAUGAACUGUUCUCUCUAAUAUUGAUGCUUUAAGGUGAUAUUUUAGCAGACAGAAAUCCUUUAUUUUUUUAUUCAGUAGGUCGAAUCUCCUCUGAGGAACUUUAGAUUUGAUCAGAUUUUGACGCUCUGGUUUUUCUCGUCUCUGCAGAUUUACUCUCGUAUGAUCUCUGUUAUUCAGUCAGAUUUAUUUCGAUCGUCCUGCCCCCCGUACUUCUGACCCUGACGACCAUGAUUCAGUCAUUUUCUGGUCGUUGUCUCUGCAGAUUAACUCUCACGGGACCAUCCUGUUCAAAGUCAUCCCAAACUGCGCUCAGAGCAGCAGCUCUCAGAAGUCGGUGAGAAAACUCCUCCUGACAGACGGAGACACGAAGAAGUCAUAAAUGAGAUUGACUUCUCUUCUUCUUCUAUAUCUGUGUGUCAGGUCUACAUGAGGGCGAUGGUGGACUACUGCCCCCUGCAGGACACCUCCAUCCCCUGUCCUAAUGCAGGUAUGGCGUUAAGCAGGGGCGACCUGCUGGAGGUGGUCGAUCAGUCGGACGCUCGGUGGUGGCAGGCCAGGAAGAUGCCCUGCUCUGUUUCCUGCGCCGGUUUGAUUCCCUCUGCCAGCAUGCUGAAAAGGUGACUGAUAUGAAAGGGUGAAUUAGAAACACGAUACGUACUUUAGAGGUUUAAAGGAUCAUUACGCUUUUUCUUUAGCAGCUGUUCAACAGACCUUUAAGUUUGGGUUAAAAAAACCUGAAAAAUCAGUGCAGAACAUUUUCAGGAUUCAACAAAAAUGACAAACUUAAUUUAGAGGUGAAUUCAUCUGUUCAAACUUUUCUUUGACUCAUUAAUCCCUUCAUUCAUUCAUUCAUUCACUUAUUAAUUCAUUCAUUAGUUCAUAUAUUCGUUUGUUCAUUCAUUCAUUUAUUCAUUCAUUUGUUUAUUCAUUCAUUCAGUAACUCACUCAUACGUUCGUUCAGUCGUUCAUAUUUUCAUUCAAUCAUUUUUUCGUUUGUUCAUUCAUUCAUUUGUUCGUCUAUUCAUUAGUUGGUCGGUUGGUUUGUUCAUUCAUUCAUUCACUUGUUUAUUCGUUCAUUCAUUCAUUCAUUCAUUCACACAUUCAUUCAUUCAUUCAUUCACCUCUCUCUCUCUCUCUCUCUCUACAGUAAACAGAGGGAGCAGUGGUGGUCUCAGCCUCUACAUUCAUUCAUUCAUUCAUUCAUUCAUUCACCUCUCUCUCUCUCUCUCUCUCUACAGUAAACAGAGGGAGCAGUGGUGGUGUCAGCCUUCAUUCAUUCAUUCACUCAUUCAUUCAUUCAUUCACCUGUCUCUCUCUCUCUCUCUCUCUCUCUCUCUCUCUCUCUCCACAGUAAACAGAGGAAGCAGUGGUGGUGUCAGCCUUCAUUCAUUCAUUCAUUCAUUCAUUCACCUCUCUCUCUCUCUCUCUCCUCAGUAAACAGAGGGAGCAGUGAUGGUGUCAGCCUUCAUUCAUUCAUUCAUUCACCUGUCUCUCUCUCUCUCUCUCUCUCUCUCUCUCUACAGUAAACAGAGGGAGCAGUGGUGGUCUCAGCCUUCAUUCAUUCAUUCAUUCAUUCAUUCAUUCAUUCAUUCACCUCUCUCUCUCUCUCCUCAGUAAACAGAGGGAGCAGUGGUGGUGUCAGCCUUCAUUCAUUCAUUCACUCAUUCAUUCACCUGUCUCUCUCUCUCUCUCUCUCUCUCUCUCUCUCUCUCUCUCUCUCUCCACAGUAAACAGAGGGAGCAGUGGUGGUGUCAGCCUUCAUUCAUUCAUUCAUUCAUUCAUUCAUUCAUUCACCUCUCUCUCUCUCUCCUCAGUAAACAGAGGGAGCAGUGGUGGUGUCAGCCUUCAUUCAUUCAUUCACUCAUUCAUUCAUUCAUUCAACUCUCUCUCUCUCUCUCCUCAGUAAACAGAGGGAGCAGUGGUGGUGUCAGCCUUCAUUCAUUCAUUCAUUCAUUCAUUCACCUCUCUCUCUCUCUCUCUCUCCACAGUAAACAGAGGGAGCAGUGGUGGUGUCAGCCUUUACAUUCAUUCACUCAUUCAUUCAUUCACCUCUCUCUCUCUCUCUCUCUCUCUCUCUCUCUCUCUCUCUCUCCACAGUAAACAGAGGGAGCAGUGGUGGUCUCAGCCUCUACAGGUCCACACCUGUAUCAGACCCUGUGAGUCCCUCUGACACACACUCACCCACACAUGUCCUCCGUCAGUCAGUCAGUCAGUGUUUAUUUCCUCCUCUGAUCUGAUUAUUGAUGACUGUCGAUCAUGCAGGUUAUUGAUCGCUGCAGUUAAAGUGAUAAAAUAAAUCAGUCUUUUAACUCUUUUUAUUUGAACUCUAACUCUGUUCUCAUAUGUGAACGAUACGCCCGGCUCUAAAAUCUAAAGUCUGUUCGGUGUUUGGAUAAAGAGUUAAUAAUCAUUCAGUCUAUUACAUUACACACACACACACACACGCGCGUUUGUCCUAAAGUGUAGUUACAGCUCUCUGCAUGCAGAGGGCAGUGUUAUCUUCCUAUAGACUGUACCAUAAAAACUUCAUGUUUUCCUCUUUUUCACUCUUCACCCUGCUCUCUCUCUCUCUCUCUCUCUCUCUCUCUCUCUCUCAGUGAUGCCUGAUAACGGUAUUAUUAUUAUUAUUAUGGUGAUAAUUUCAUUUCCUCUGUAGUUUUGUUAGAUUAUAAUCUGGACUCAAUCCCAGAGUCUCCUCUGUGUUUGAUGUCCCCGUGUCUUUGAAUGUUAAAGUAGCACUGAGGUUUUUUUCUUCAUUUAGUCAGUACAUAGAAAUAGAAACCGCUCUGAGUGUAAGUUUGUUGUUUUACUGUCUGAUAGUUAAAGUCAGUGUCAGUGAAGUUCUAGCGAAGUUUGGACGUGUUUAAAUAAACUAAAAUAAACUAAAGUGACCCUUUCUGUCUGUUUCAGAGGACGAUCAAUCACUUCCAGACGACAAACUCCUGUUAGCAGGUAAAACACGUCUGAGAGAGUGAACACAUGAAAACUUUAAACAGAUGAAGUUUCUGACAUGAAUGAGAAAAGAGAGUUUUAAAGUUUUAAUUUUCUACAUUUACCUCUUUAUUAUUUAACUUCACAAAGUCCAGACAAACUGACCUCUGCAUUAACAGCAGAGCUUUGCUGCCCCCUGGUGGACAACACUCGAACACACGCCCCCUCUUUGUUUUGUCUGAUUUGGUCGUCCUCAAACCUUCAUUUAUCAAACUCACUCAUUCAUUUAUUUCUAACAACAGAAAAAAACAUGAAUUUAUAUCAUGUUUAAAAAUUAUUAAAAACACAUUUGAUAUUAUAUUUAAUUUUACUUUGAUGGAGGAUUCGUUCUGACUGGUUCUCUGCAAUAACUGUUCUCUAAAUCAGUGGACCCACAUUUUCCCAUGGUCCUUCAGUCGCGACCCACUUUUAUAAAAUUCAAACCAAGUAAAUUUAUUUUUUAUACAAAAAAAACCUUCAAAGACUAAAAUCUUUGACAUAAAUACACCGUUUUAUUAAGUAAAAUACAUUUCAGAGAACAUGAACUGAGGACGACAAACUACUGAAGUAACACAUACAGAAAAUAUCAAAUAUCAGAAUGCACAAAAUAGAACUAACAACAAAAAAGACAUGUAAUUUUUCUGCAUUCAGGCCACAUUAAUAAGAAACUGAGGAGGACCACAACAUAACAAGUGCUUUUUCAAAAUAAGCUAUUUUUCAAAAUAAAAGACUUGUCAAACAACAGAUGCGCAUUAAAUAUUUUCUUCUUUGACAAGCUGGUCCCCAAUUUUGGGUCAGGACCCACCAGUUGAGAACCACAGCUCUGAAUCACAAAUUAAAUGACACUUUAUUUUGUUAACAAACUGUCUUCCUGUUUGUUCCUGCAGAUGAGAGUGAAUCUGAGAUCAGUGAUGGGGUCUACCUCGGUAAGGACGAAGUUUAGGUCAGAGGUUCUUAUUGUGGGUUGGUUUGUUAGUUGGUGGAUGGAUGGAGAGUUUGUGUUAACGGUGGGUUGGUGUUUGGGUCGGUUGUUCUGAUUGGUCGGGUUGAGCUCAGGUUCGGUGGGUCAGAAUCACAGAUUCGUCAUUUUAUCAUUAUUAAUAUAAUUGUGACUUUAAUCUGUUUUUUUCCUCGUCUUCAUCAGCUGGUUUCAGGAGGAGUUUCCGUCUGUGGAGGAGGACCUCAUUCAGGAGGAGACGACAGUCUUGCACCUCCUGCUCGCCAAACAGCAACGCUCUGUCCACGCCGUAUGAGGAGGUGGCUCUGUACCAGCGCCCCCCGCAGGAGAACCACCGCCUCAUCAUCCUCAUAGGUGAGUGGUCUUGAGGUCCUGAUCCAAACCGGGACAGUUUCCUCCAUGUUCUCUGACGGUUCCUGUGUUUGGUGUCCUCCUCCUCUUCUCCUCCAGGAGCUUCAGGAGUCGGAGUUUCAGAGCUGAGGAGGAGACUUCUCCGACACAACCCUUCACGGUUUCAGGGACCCGUACCCCGUAAGACCUCCUGUAAAAGUUCUCACACUGUUCUUGUGGAGCAGGAUGUAAAUGGGACUGAGUCACUUUAGGGGUCAAACCCUAGUGGACACUUUGGGUACUGCAGUUUUUGGAAGUUUGGCUUUAUAUACUGCACAUCCAUGGAGGCCUCUCAUUGGUCAGAUAAAUGAUAAAAAACAAACUUGUAGAGGUGGUCUGUUUUGGUUACACAUGUCACAACCUGAUCUGUCCCGGAAACCCGAUUUGUACCGCUCAUGUACAAAACGUACGUCACUUCCUCUGCUAGCCGUCUUUGUCACAGCUUCGACAUUUGUUCGACAGCUUCAGUCAGAAAGGACGCUUCAGUUUAUAACAGCCACACUUUUCUUUUCUCCUGAGCGGAGUUCUUCCCCCGACUCAAGCAGAGCGCUGUAAAAUCAAGAGAAUGGCGCCCAGUUUCGCAAUUAAAGGUUCUUACUCCAUCAAAAGGCUUGAAUGAAUGUGAAUAUUUCAUUGUUGAAAUUGUCCGCUGUAUAAAAACGCUGAAAUUUUGACCGGAUGGUGGCGCUCUCUGUGGCCCUGAAAGGUCUCACCAUGCUGGACAGGAACUCUGGCGAAUCCCUCAGCUGAAACUCUGGAUCCUCCUGCUAGCUAGCCUGUAACAUCACCAGCUUGUUUCUAAAUCGAUCGGUAGUUUAAAUAAAGUUUUUAAGGUGAAGUAAAUUUGCACUAGCCCAGAACGGAUCGGGUGAGUAGCGACUCACUGCGGUAAAAAAACAUUGAAACGCCAAGAGAGGAAGUGUUUGAUUAAUAUGAACCUGUUCUGAUUGGUCAUCACCUCUCAUCUGCAGACACCACUCGUCCAAUCAGAGCAGGGGAGCAGAGUGGAAGAGAGUACCACUUUGUCACUAAGGAGCUGUUUGAGUACAUGGUCUGUAACAACAGGUAGAUUAAACCUUUUUAAGUUUCUUUUAAACUCUGUGUAACUAAUUAAUUUUUAUUUAUUUCUUAACUUUAAUCUAAACGUCAGAGAGAAAACAGAAAUGCAGAUAUCCUCCUGAUUAUUAAGACACAGACUCACUUUCCUCUCCCGUCCUGUUCUGGUUUAUCUCUUCAGGUUUGUGGAGUACGGCGAGUACAGGGGUCACUUUUACGGGACGAGCAGCGAUGCCAUCGACGACGUGUUGAGGAGAGGGAGGAUGAGCAUCAUCGACGUUGAACCUCAUGUGAGUUUCACCGUCUUCUUCAUGUCCUCUUUUCUUUAUUAUGUCCAUCAAAACCAAAGAGGGUCAUUUUUCUACUUUUAUUACUUCUGAAAUAAGAAACACGAGCGGGUCGACUUCUGAGUCCGUGCAAAGACCUUCAAAUAUAGAAAUGAACAUUUAAACAACUCCAGAUUUUUUUUAUUUUCAGAGCAUUCAGGCGCUGAGGACCAAGAAACUAAAGCCUUACGUGAUUUUCAUCAAACCCCCCAGCCCGGACCGACUGAGACAAACCCGCAAAGACGCACAAAUCAUCACCAACUACGCCGUCAACAGAGGGUUCACGGUAAGAGCGCCACGCUGAUUCGUUUAGUUUUGGACAUUUUUCAUCUUCUCUGCAGACAUUAACCUUAAAAUCAUCUUUGUGACAGUAAAUACACUCAAACACUCUGUAACAGUGAAGGAGACGUGAGAAGAGGAAGAAGAAGAGCAUCCUUUAGUGCAUUAACCCUGGAAACUGAAAAUCACAGUCACCUCCUCUCCUGUUUUCUGUCCUGCAGGAGGAGGACUUUGUGGACCUGGAGGACUCGUCCCGGCUGAUCGAGUUAAAGUACAAACAGUUCUUCGACAGCGUGUUGGUGAACGACGACCUGCAGGACGCCUGCAUGCAGCUCUGCUCCAUCAUCCAGGAGGCGCAGGAGGAGCCGCGGUGGAUCCCCGUCAGCUGGAGCCGCAAGGAGUAG